AAUACUAUCCCGUUCUUUUCUUCCACAGUUCUCGCCAUUGAUUACUCAAGUCAACUUUGAAGCUGUUGACCCGUUGGAAAACCUUUCAUUGGCAACUAGAACACGGAUUACAUCGGUUGUGACCCACCAAAUAUCCACGUGGACGGUAUGGGCUUUCACUUGCUUCCUCAGGGGACGGGGUCCGAAGAGAAAGCCAAAUCCAGGUAAUCCUUUUUGCUUCAUCGUAAAUACUUUCUCAUUCUCAAUUGUACCGUCGCUAGUCGACUGCUUUGGUCAUUCACGAAUCAGAGAGAUAUCCGGACUCUCAGGCGUUCUCACACAAAUUUCGUUGCUCAUUCCUUUCCGUAUAGAUCUCAUUUACGAUGGGCUGCUCUCUUUUUGGGAGAACUGCGGGACGGCAGUCCAACCAUGAUCAAUAUGCAGAGCGCUUACUUGAUCGUAUCCCAGGGAUACUCCGAAAAGCAGGCAGGCAUUCUCUUUUUCGUAUUUGGAAUGAGUCAAUUUAUCUUUCAGACGCCGGCCGGAUACUUGUACGAUUCCACCGAACGCAAAGUGUUGUGGUUGUCGAUCGCCGCCACGGUCAGCAUGUGUUUGACUCUCGCCACGGCAUUCUUUGCCCAACCCAUGGGGGCCAACCUGACCUUUAUGAUGCUCGUCAAGUUCGGUCAGGGCGCCGCAACCUCCUUUAUUCCACCCGGACUCAACAGCAUUACACAAGGGAUUGUUGGCUCGGCGGGUAUGACGACACAAGUUUCCGUCAACGAAAUGAUGAAUCAUACGGGAACGGCUAUUGUCGUUCUAACUGCCAGUUUGAUUGGGGUCCUGAUGUAUCCUAGUUUGAAACUUCUCUUUGUAGUCAGUCCAAUUGCUUGUAUCGGAGUCGUAUACUUCUUGAGUCGCAUCCGUCCGGAAGAUAUUGAUCACGAGGCCGCUCGAGGUUUGGAUCAGAAAGUGAAAAUACCCACGGACGGAAUCUACAGGCCACCAUCAACUACGACUCCUACAGACGCUGGUGACGCGCCUUUCGGGAAAGCCGCCGUGGACGAUCAGCCCAGUUUUACACUGAAUUCCGAUUGGCAAAGCAUUGCUGCCUCAGCCUUUUCGAGUGGCAGCAAUCUUAAGGCCGAUAGUCCUUUGCGGGUUCUGCGAGAUCCAAUUCUAUUGACCUUUAUCCUGGUAUGCUUCUUGUUCCACACCUCGAAUGGUACCGUUCUACCGUUGGUCAUGCAAACACUGGCGCUCGGCAGUGGGCGAGCUGGAAUUCUUAUGAGUGGAUCGUGCAUUAUCGUGGCGCAGCUUUUCAUGGUCAUCAGCGCGAAAGUUUGCGGAGAAUAUUCCGGAAAGUACGGAAGAAAAACACUUUUUUUGGUCGGUCUUUUUAUAGUACCUAUCCGGUGUCUUAUACUGGGAGUGCUGUUAGAAUUUAGAGGGGCUGGCGACGCAUCUAGACUGAUGGAGGUUGCUAUUCUAUCGACGCAAAUCUUGGACGGUAUCGGCGCUGGCGUGUUUGGGACAAUGUAUAUUUUGGUCACCAGUGACAUUAGUGGUGGCACGGGUCGAUUCAGUAUGACGCUAGGGUUGACGACGGCAGCCAUGUCCAUUGGUGGUACAGUGUCUGGUUAUUUGGGGGAGUCUCUCGCGCAAGAUCUGGGUUACAAGCAAGCCUUUUUCAUUCUCAUGUUUAUGUCGCUCGUGCCGGCAGUGCUGUACCUUGUUUUCAUGCCGGAAACGUUGGCCAUCUUAGCAAAGUCUUCGAGCGAUCCACGCGGUAUUGCCAGCAUCAAGGAAGGGGAACAAGAGAAAGUAGGAAACUACAAGGAGCUUGUUUGA